AGGCAAAAUAUGUAUAAUUCACUCGCUAGAUGAUGAUAUCCAACUCUCUCUUUCUCUAGCUAAUAAAAAAUCUAAGACACCCUCUUUCUCUGUGCACGGAGGGCUGAGGAGGGUCCUGGCUUGCCUAGCCUUUUUUCAUGCUCAAGUAUAAAAAUUAAUGGCGGUUGUAUGCUGUCCUCUUCGUUGAUCGACCCCCUCCACCCAAAGAAGGGGAAAAACACACACCCCUAUAGAUAAAACCAGAAGAAGCAUCAGCAGCUCAGCACGUCCUGUAGCAUCCAUUACUGGCAAAACUGACCUCUCCCCAUAAAUCCUCUUCUUCUCCUUAUUUAUUCAUACAGAUAGAAUAGAAUAGGACAGUGAGCGAUUCUGUUAGGAUGUUGUCAAUAUAGCAAGUGGUAUAUAGCUGCUUGAAGCAGGGUGGAGUGGUGUGUUAGCUGUGAAAAUGUUGGGCUCUCACUUAUCAGUUUAUAGUUAUAGUUAUUUUGGUGUAAAAGAUCUGGGUUCUUUUUACCAAACUCAAAUUUAGUGGCAUUCAACUAAGAUCUACUAGCUUAAACAAGAAGCACAACAGCGGGAUUUUGUGGCAUAACAAACUUGGGAGUUGGAAGAAGCGGAUGAGGCUGAAAUCGAUUGUGUUUUUUAGCAAAACCGGCUUCGGUUGAGGAUUUAAAAACUGGAGGGAAAGGAAAAGGUGAAGAAGAAGAAGAAGAAGAAGAAGACAUGGUAUUGUCAUUGUGUGAAAGGAAGAAAUUAGUGAAGAUUGUUUUUGUUGUGGAUCUUUAAUUGGGUUGGGUUGUGGGUCUAAGCUUGUUGGGAUUGUGUUAUUGAAUCUCCCUCUCUCUGCCUUAAUGAGGCACUCUUCGGCUUCUUUUAAUCCACAAACCCAGGAAGGGGAGAAGCGGGUGCUGAAUUCUGAACUAUGGCACGCAUGUGCGGGUCCUCUUGUUUCUCUACCUGCUGUUGGAAGCCGUGUUGUUUAUUUCGCUCAAGGUCAUAGUGAGCAGGUUGCUGCUUCAACGAACAAGGAAGUGGAUGCCCGGAUUCCAAACUACCCAAGCUUGCCUCCGCAACUUAUCUGUCAGCUUCACAACGUGACCAUGCAUGCAGAUGUCGAGACGGAUGAAGUUUAUGCACAAUUGACCUUGCAGCCACUAAGUCCACAAGAGCAAAAGGAUGCCUACCUUCCAGCAGAUUUGGGCACCCCUAGCAAACAGCCAACCAAUUAUUUUUGUAAGACUUUGACUGCUAGCGAUACAAGUACUCAUGGAGGAUUCUCUGUCCCUCGGCGGGCAGCUGAGAAAGUUUUCCCUCCACUGGAUUUUUCUCAGCAACCUCCAGCUCAAGAGUUGAUUGCUAGGGAUCUACAUGAUAAUGAAUGGAAAUUCAGACACAUCUUUCGCGGCCAGCCAAAAAGACACCUUCUUACAACAGGGUGGAGUGUGUUUGUGAGUGCUAAAAGACUUAUUGCUGGGGAUUCAGUGCUUUUCAUCUGGAAUGAAAAGAAUCAGCUACUACUUGGCAUUAAGCGUGCUACUCGACCUCAAACUGUGAUGCCUUCAUCAGUCUUAUCUAGUGAUAGCAUGCACUUGGGCCUUCUUGCUGCUGCAGCUCAUGCAGCUGCAACAAAUAGCCGUUUUACAAUAUUUUACAAUCCAAGGGCUAGUCCAUCAGAAUUCGUCAUACCGUUGGCUAAAUAUCUUAAAGCUGUUUAUUAUACUCGAGUGUCUGUUGGCAUGCGCUUUAGGAUGCUGUUUGAAACUGAAGAAUCAAGUGUCCGUCGGUACAUGGGUACGAUAACUGGCAUAAGUGACUUAGAUGUUGCUAGAUGGCCAAAUUCACUUUGGCGCUCAGUCAAGGUUGGCUGGGAUGAGUCUACAGCUGGGGAGAGGCAACCAAGAGUUUCUCUAUGGGAGAUUGAACCACUAACAACUUUCCCAAUGUAUCCAUCUACAUUUCCCCUAAGGCUCAAGCGGCCAUGGACACCAGGACUACACUCUUUCCACGGCAUCAAGGAUGAUGAUCUGGGAAUGAACUCUUCUCUUAUGUGGCUAAGAGGAGAUGGAGACCGUGGAAUUCAAUCUCUGAACCUUCAGGGAAUGGGUGUUGCACCAUGGAUGCAGCCAAGAGUUGAUACUUCCAUGCUAGGUUUGCAAAAUGAUGUCUACCAAACUAUGGCUACUGCUGCGUUUCAGGAGAUGAGGGCUCUUGAUCCUUCUAAAUCAUCAGCUGCAUCCCUUUUGCAAUUCCAGCAACACCAGAAUCUCCCAAUCAGGAAUGCUGCUUUAAUGCAGCCGCUUAUGUUGCAGCAGUCUCCUUCUCAACAGGCCUUUCUUCAAGGUGUUCAAGAAAAUAAACAUCAGUCUCAGCCUCAGUCUCAGACUCCAACUCGGUCACACCUUAUUCAUCAACUGCAGCAUCAGCACUCACUUGACAGUCCAGAGCAGCAGCAGCCACUUCUGCAACAACAGCAUCUGGCUGACCAACAGAUCCCAAAUGUUGUCUCUGCAAUAUCUCAAUAUGCUUCAGCUACUCAAUCCCUGACGCCACCAUUGCAAGCAAUUUCACUGUGUCAGCAACACAGUUUUUCUGACUCAAAUGGGAACCUCGUGACAAGCCCUGUUGUUUCUCCCAUGCAAAGUCUUUUGGGCUCAUUUCCCCAGGACGAAACAUCUCAUUUGUUCAAUUUUCCUAGAACAAACCCCUUGACAACAUCCUCUGGCUGGCCCUCGAAGCGAGCUGCUGUUGAACCUCUUAUCUCCUCUGUAGCUCCUCAAUGCAUGAUGAGCCAAGUGGAGCAGCUGGGGCCACCUCAGACAAGCAUCUCUCCUAGCUCUGUUUCCUUGCUGCCCUUUCCUGGCAGAGAAUGUCCAACAGAGCAGGAUGGUGGCACUGAUCCACAAAGCCAUCUUCUAUUUGGUGUCAGUAUAGAGCCCUCUUCUCUUCUAAUGCAGAAUGGAUUGUCAAGCCUCAGGGGAGUUGGAAGUGAUAGUGAUUCAACAACUGUACCUUUCUCUUCUAAUUACAUGAGUAUUGCAGGCACCAAUUUCUCUCUUAAUCCAGCAAUGGCACCUUCAAGUUGCAUUGAUGAAUCAGGUUUCCUCCAGUCCAUGGAAAAUGUGGGCCAAGGAAAUCCACCAUCUAGAACCUUUGUUAAGGUUUACAAGUCAGGGUCCUUUGGUAGGUCACUGGAUAUAACCAAAUUCAGCAACUACAAUGAGUUGCGAAGUGAGCUUGCAUUCAUGUUUGGCCUUGAAGGCCAACUGGAGGACCCCCUGAGAUCAGGCUGGCAGCUUGUAUUCAUCGACCGGGAGAAUGAUGUUCUUCUCCUUGGUGAUGGCCCCUGGCCGGAAUUUGUAAACAGCGUGUGGUGCAUCAAAAUACUCUCACCGCAAGAAGUACAGCAAAUGGGCAAACGAGGUUUAGAGCUUCUGAACAGUGUCCCAAUUCAGAGGCUUUCCAAUGGCAGCUGUGAUGACUAUGUAAACCGGCAGGAUUCACAAAAUUUGAGCAAUGCUAUAACUUCUGUGGGGUCUUUGGACUGCCGAGAAAUUUAAGCAGUUAAGAUACCACAAUCUCUUCUGUAAUAUUAGCAUUCCUUCCAAAUCUUUCAGUUUCAGAAGUGAAAGGGGCAAGCCUAAUCUAGCUUAAGUUUUAAUGUAAGCUAUUGUUGUAAUGUGAUUAGAAGAUACUUCUCCUAGUUUCUAAAGCUAUUAUUGUAACUAGAAGAUAAUGUUCCUCGUUUCUAAGCUAUUAUUGUAACUAGAAGAUAAUGUUCCUCGUUUCUAAGCUAUUGAAAUUUGAAUGCCAACAGUUGAUAAUAGGAGACAAAUAUAUUUGUAAGCUCA